AUGCUGAUUAUCGGUCUCACCGGCUCCAUAGCAACCGGAAAAUCCACCGUCUCCUCUCUUCUCUCCUCCCCACCACACAACCUCCCCAUCAUCGAUGCCGACGUUCUCGCCCGCAAAGUUGUCGAACCCGGUACAGCAGGCUACAAAGCUAUAGUCAAUUACUUUGGACCCAGCACGCCAGAUCUCCUACUACCAGCAGAUGCCGAUGGAAAGCAAGGAUUGAAUCGGCCCGCGUUAGGUAAACGGGUAUUUGGCGAUAGCGAGGAGCGAAAACGCGAUAGGACGAUACUUAAUAAGAUUGUACAUCCCGCAGUACGAUGGGAGGUUUAUAAGUCAUUAUUAUAUUAUUAUCUACGCGGCAAUUGGGCUGUGGUGCUGGAUGUGCCGCUACUAUUCGAGUCUGGGAUGGAUGUCAUCUGUGGAACGGUCGUUGUGGUUGCAGUCAAGGAACCGGCGGUGCAAAUGUCGCGAUUACGUGCAAGAGAUCCGCAUCUAACUGCAGAAGAUGCUGAGAAUCGAGUCAAGAGCCAGGGCGAUGUGCAAGGGAAAGUGAAAAAGGCUUUGUAUAGAAAUAAAGCUUCGGAGCAGGAUCUCGACAAGGGCUCGCGGGGCGUGAUUGUCUGGAACGAUGGGGAUAAGGCUGAUCUUGCCAAGGAAGUGGAUAAGGCGCUUCUUACGAUUCAGAGUAAUAGUCCUCGAUGGUGGUCGUGGGUGCUCUUGCUUGCGCCGCCCGUAGGUGUGGCUGCUGCGGUGUAUAAUAUGGCGGUCAAUUUUGGUUCGCAGAAGAGCUGGGACCAGAAGGUUAAGAAGGAAAGGGCGAAACUGUAA